CAAUAUCAAACUUUAAUUUUGUCAAAAAAUAAGCAAAAUAAUGAUCAGCUGUUUUGUUUUAUAAUUUAUAAUUGACAAAUAAAAUAAAAUAAAUCCAAAAAUGGCAUCUGGAAUCUUGCGAACGCCGAGAAUAAUAAAUGUUCAGCCAACUAAAAAACAUACUGCCAGUUUAUUUAUUUUUCAUGGAUCUGGGAGCACUGGAAAAGAUGUAAAAGAAUGGAUAGACAUAUUAAACAGAGAUGAAUUUAAAUUUCCACACGUAAAAAUAAUUUAUCCAACCGCACCUGCUCAACCUUACACCCCGUUGGGAGGAAUGCUGAGCAACGUGUGGUUUGACCGCAACGACGUUAAUAUUAAAGCUCCCGAAAAUAAGGAAUCGAUCGAUGCAAUCGCUAAAACGGCGACUGAACUUAUAGACAGCGAAAUAAAAGACGGGAUUUCUGAAGACCGAAUUGUCGUCAGCGGGUUCUCGAUGGGUGGUGCUAUGGCAAUGUACCUCGCCUAUAAUUAUCGCCCGUCGUUAGCUGGCUGUGUUACUAUGUCCUCUUUUCUCAAUGAUAAUUCUCUAGUUUAUGAGACUUUGAAGAACAACAUCACAACACCGCCGCUACUACAAUUUCAUGGGCUGAAUGAUUCUUUGGUACCUUUUGCAUGGGGAGAGAAAACUCAUGAGAAUUUAAAAAAAUUAAAUGUCACUACUAAAUUAGUACCAAUUCCUAAUAUUGAACAUGAAAUAGUUCAAUCAGAAAUCCAUCAAUUUAAAGAAUGGGUUUUAAAUAUUCUUCCUGAUGUGUAAAGUAGUAAUUUUUAUUUUUUAAAAUUUGUG